AUGGAGGCGGAAAAGGAAGGCAUAGUUGUGCCGCUCACUUUAGAAGACUAUUGCAUCAAAACUCAAGUCAAGUCUACGACGCAGGAGCCACAGUUGGACAUGACUGAUUUCUACGAUGACGAUUACGAUGAUCUCGACACUGAUUCCGACGAGGAGUUGGAAGGAGGCGAGGGAGACGGCGAUGACAGCGGUAAUGGGGAGUCUCGACCCUCUAGGCCCUCCGAGGCUCUCUGGCCCUGUGAGCACGGGAGGUCCGGGGGGCAUGGGGGCCCUGGUGGCCGCCUGGUUCCUGCGGGUCCCCAGUUCCUGGAGGUCUUUGGGAUCCUGGGGGCCUCGGGGGCCUUUGCGUCCUUUAUUCCUUCGAACUCUUGCGAGCCCUGUCCUUCUGGCACCCUGCGAGCCGCCUGGCCCCCCCGGGACUUCCUCGGCUACCUGGGCCUCCUGGGCCCCCUGGACCUCCUGGCAUGGAGAAUAUUUGAUUGUGGUCCGAAAUCUGUUACUUGCCCUCUAAUAUGUCUGCCACCAGUGUCAGGGACUGCGGAUAUUUUUUUCCAGCAAGUUAUGGGUUUAGCCUCCAGAGGUGUUCGUGUGAUAUCUGCUGAACCACCUCCGUAUUGGAACCUGAAAGAGUGGUGUGAUGGAUUCAAGAGACUUAUAGAUUAUUUGGAAUUGGAUAAAGUCCAUCUUUUUGGGGCUUCACUGGGGGGCUUCAUUGCACAAAUCUUUGCGGAAUAUACUAGAAACUGUCCAAAGGUUGCAUCGCUAGUCCUUUGCAAUAGUUUCACAGACACAUCUGUAUUCGAAUACAAUGAUUCUUCUGCAUUAUUUUGGCUUUUACCAUCACUAGUUUUGAAAAGGAUGCUCAUGGGAAAUUUCACAACAGACAAGGUUGAUAGAAGAAUAGCGGAGUCUAUUGAUUUUAUGGUUGAAAGGGUAAGUAUAUUAAUAUUGUUAUCUUUAUUCAUAUAAGUAUGUAUGUAUGUACAUAAGAACCUACUGUUGUGACUAAUGAAGAUGUUUUCCUUAACCUGUACUAAACACCUGUGUUGAUAAAUGCUGUACUCUUAUCCUGUAUUGUUGAAAGAAAUGUUCAAAACAAAAAAAAACAAUAGAAAAAAUAUUACGGUAAUAUCCCAUCAACUAACUGCACAUGUUAGAAUCCCUGAAUCAGUCGG